AUGGCGGGACGUCGGGUGGACUGUGGCCCCGAGCAGGGCUUGCGAAUGGAGCGCUUGACUUGUGGCUCUCACCCCCGAACCCGACCCAGACCAUUGAAGGAAAGAGCAGCCAAAGGACCUGGCCCAGGAGAUCAGAACCCCAUUUGGAUGGCCGACUCAGCCGCCCCGGAUCCACCGACACAGGAGGUCAGCGGUCAAGCAGAACAAUCGAAUCCAGCGGGCGAAACGGGUCCGAAUGGUACUAGUGCACCCAAAGGGGAUGUCGACCCUGGAGUUUUGAGUCGUUUGGAAAGCGCAAAAAUAGAACUGGCUAUGAAUCUUGCCAAGAAGAAAAAGCUAGACAAGGAGCUCGCUGCUUUAGAAGCCACAUUGUACUCUCAUGAAACUGCAUACCUCACCGACCCAUCUGCGAAUCUUUUUGGCAAUAUCGUCAAAGGAUACGAGGCCUAUGUAAAGGCGCCGCCUUCCACCAGUAUGGCAGGAGACCACCAUUCGACGAGACGGAAGCGCGCGUAUACCAACACCAUAGGUCCGGCCGGCCCGACAGAAAUGGUCGGGGAUGCCGAGCGGAUAUUUUCCAAGAGUAGCGGCUCUUAUGCUCGGGCUUUGGAAGUAAGGAGCAAAGAACACGAGUCUGCCGUUACCUCUGAACAAGAAUCGGUUGUUCCUACUCUACAUCCCCCCGACUCCCGUAAAAAGUCAAGAACUUGA